AUGGCACCUAACUUUACCAUAAUCAAGCCCUCACUACCAGUCUCCUCCAUUCCUGAGGCUUUGGAGUACUAUACCAGCCGCCUUGGCUUCCGCUUGGCGGGCCGCGACGGCGACAACCACUGCUGGGUACAGCUUGUGGGUGACGACAGCAUUUCGAGGUCGGAUGCUGCCGUGAACAUAUAUCUGCGACGCCGGGGCUUCCCGGAUGUUGUGAAUGAUGUCCAAUUCGGCAAGGUCUACAUUCGCUUGGAGGGGGAUGAUGACGAGCUGGAGAAGCUAAGGGAUACCCUCAAGGAGAACAAGGCCCGGAUCAAGGGUGAUAUCGAGACCAAGCCCUGGGGUCUGAGGGACUUGACGGUUGUUGACCCUGAUGGUAAUAUCAUCAUUUUCAACCAGAUGGUCAAGAACUUCCAAAUGCCUGCGAACCCAAAUUCUGCGGCCUCUUCAAAAGGACAGGAUCAAAACUAA